GGGAAGGCGAAGGCGGAGCCACCGCGCGGCAGAACCAGAAAGCGCCAUGGCUCGGCCGAGAAGCGGAGGGCUGUUGCUGCGGCGCCUUCUCUCGCAGCUCUCCCGCUCCGCGCAGGGGGGAGCAACGCUGCGGGUCUCCCAGGCGCCGGCUGCUUCCUACGGGUAAAUUCCCUGUUGAGACGGGGCGGACAGACGAGGCGGGGGAGGCUCUGCAGCCUCAGCGACUUAGAGACGGGAAGGCGGGGGAGGGACUGUGCGCGCGCGCAGUCGGUGGCUUCCGACGACCACGGGGCGGUGGGCAGAACGUUGAAGGACGGGGGAGGAGACCCGUGCGUGCCUAACGUGGAAGGUUAGAGAGCAUAGCGCGCAGCCCGGUGGUUCCCAAACUUUUUUUCUCUGGGCCACACUUUCUGCAUAAAGAUUUGCUCGCGCCACACCGAUAUUAUUUUUAAAUUUAAUUUAAUAUUAAUUUAAUAUUUGUUUGUUUGUUUGUUUGAUAAGAAAUACAUCGGAAAACAAAGAGAAAUAACUCCUAGCCAUAAAUAAAUAAAAAAUACUUGCAGAUAGCUCGGUUCUGCACCCCCUAACAUAAAUCCUGGCCGCGCCCAGUGCACGGCCUCUUUUAUCACAUGAUCACGGGACAUCCAGAAAGUACCAUGUGAAAACAGCACAGUUGCAGAAGAACAGGAAUCCUUUCCAAGAUUUGAUUAUAAGCAAGCACCAUAUGCACUAUAAAUAGCUGAACGAGAGCUGUGAGCUUGCAGUAUUGCAGUUGUUGCCCCUGCGAUUCGGUUUUCCUUCCCAAAUAAACAUAUAAAGCUGGUUCAGUUGCUGGUAUCACGCUUCCCCGCUCCCCAGUCCAAUGUCUAGAUUAGUGGAUCCAUUAUCUUUUAGUGCCUUUGUUAGUCAUUAACUCAACAGACUGGCAGAUACUGACUAAAACAGCAGAUACUGACUAAAACAAGGGAAUUAACGGAAGCAAGGCCAUGUUGAGCAUUUUAUUGGAAGCUCAGGAGAAUAUUAUGCAUUCUGGGUGCCAUUCCUUAAAGAAGUAUAACUCCAGAACAGGAGAGUUGGAAUCCAACAUUUAUCUGUCAGGGGAGCCUGACAGAACCCUGGGAGCGAUGUUUUAAUAUAACUCGAAAUGGUUGCUCCGUUCCUUUAAGAGCAUCAAAUCUCAGUUUUACUUUUUUUCUGCACCUAUACGCCUAUUUAAUAACUAAAAUACCAGCAUGCAAUUAGUAAGUGACAUUACUCGCUUCACAACGGGAUGUAAUUGAUAGUUCUGAAUUUGGAGAUCUGUGUGGGAGAAGAAACUCAGAUCAAAUGAGGCUGAAGGAUUUGGUUUACAAAUGUCGCAGUAACGCACUGCUGUUCCUCAUCUUUUGUAGAGUAAAGUCAUACCUCGGGUUGUGCGAUUUCGGGUUGCACACCGUGCCGAAAUCGGAAGUACCGGAACGGGUUACUUCCAGGUUUCAGCACUUGCGCAUGCGCAGAAGCGCUAAAUUGCGCUUUGCGCAUGUGUAGAAGCACCGAAUCCUGACCCGCGCGUGCGCAGACGCGGGGGUUGUGGGUUGCGAAUGCUGCAGGUUGCAAAUGUGCCUCUCACACGGAUCACGUUUGCAACCCGAGCGUCCACUGUACCCGGAUUUUAAGUCAACAAUCCCAGCAGUUAAAUCUGUUCUGGAGUUCUCCUCCGACCUGCCUCUGGAGCAGAUUUGGGGUGGGGGGUUGCACAAAGAAAGGAGAGAGGGGUCCACUGCAUAAACAAAAAUCCUUGCACUUACAGAACCAUUUUGCUGGAUAGCAGCCCCCUGUGUUUCCAUACAGGAGGAUGCUUCAUUUGUUUAUUCCCCAGCAGCUGAAGGCCCAUCCUCCUUCAAAAGCUGGCAAAGCACUGAGUAAAUCUUUCACAGUCUGCUAAAAGAACAGCCUCAGAGCACAAUUCUGUUUUUCUAAUUUUUGGCAACUUCACUCCUAUCGCACAGGACAAAAAAUUCCAUCCGUACCUAAACUGCAAACAACCGCACUUUAUCCUUCUUUCACUAACAGCAUCAGUCUUAACAGUAAGACUGGGCAGUCUGAUCCUCCAAUUAAGGUGUUAUAAAGCUAAAAUGUUAUUUGUUUGGGGGGGGGCUGAUAUUUCCUCUAGCACUUCAGUAACCUCAGCUAAAGUUGAAGUGAAUGGCGUCCGACUACAUUAUCAGCAAACGGGAAGUGGAAGCCAUGCUGUCCUGCUUCUCCCUGGAAUGUUAGGUUUGGAUCUUUUUGUCUUACGUCUUUGGUCUUUGUCUUAUGUUUGUGGUCUUUCUCGGUGAUGUUCUUUUCCUCGAUAAGACAUAUAUACACAAGAACCAGGCUUACUCAUACCAUUCACACUCUUAUAGAGUGGCAAUGAUUUUUUAAAAAUCUUGUAAGGAGCUAAGAACAACUCAGUCCACCAACUUUUUCUCACAGUGGUCACCCAGACCAGCUGGACCCAAGUACAACUUUCCCCACUUUUGAUUCACAGUCAUCCUGCCUCAGACAGUGGAGACUGAGCAUAGCCAUCAUACAGAAGUAAUCCAUUUUGUAGCUAAGAUAUAAGGCGCCUUCUGUGCCACUUAUUUAAUUCAGGAGUGUUCACAGACUUCUACAUGUUUGUUUACCUAUUUAGGCCAAAUAUGCAGUUUUUAAGAAUGUAGAACUAGAACUGGAUUUGAAAGAGGCAUUGCUUGCCUGGGUGUAGAGACGUUUUUCUUGCCUCUGGUCAAACAGGUGUUUGCAAGGAUGCCAAAGGUAAAAAGAGGAUGACAGGUGUGCAGGUGAGGAGCAGCACCCCUUAAUUCCAAGCUGCUUUCAAUUCUCCGCAAAAGCUAUUGCCUCAUCUCUUAUUUCAACAUAGAGAGGGCUAGACAAAGGCAUAGAAGAGAAGGCUUUUGAUGGUUGUUAGUCAUGAAAUCUAUUGCUCUGCUCCCACAGUUAGAGACCUUAAUGCUUCUCUGCUGAGAACCACAGGAAGGGAGAGGGCUUGGGUCCUCAAUGUGAGCAUCCCAUGGGCAUCUGAUUGUCCCAUAUGAGAACAAGAUGUUGGCUGUGAUGGGCCAUUGGGCUCUUCUUAUGUUCUUAUGCACAUAUCCCACCAUGUGGUCUUCCUUGGUGAUGAGAGUUAUCACGCAAGCUACACCUGUUGAAUUUCCCCCUUCUCCGCAACUGUCAAAUGAGUCCUGACCUCUCUUGCACCAAGCCACUACAGUGUAACCAAGAACAAUUCUUAGAACAAGUCUGGUGCAUUGGGCGACAUUUCCCUGGUCAAAAGGUGUCCUCAUACCAUUGAUUGUAAGCAUAUGGGGCAUAGAUAUUAAGUACAGUGGUACCUUGGGUUACAAACACAGCCCCAGGAUGUCAACAGAAAUCACGCUCUGGUGGCACGGCGGCAGCUAAAGUGGUACCUCAGGUUAAGAACGGUUUCAGAUUAAGAACGGACCUCCGGAACGAAUUAAGUUUGUAACCAGAGGUACCACUGUAAAUAUAGCUGUUGGGGCUUAAUUUCCAAUUGCUCAUCGUUGUAAGAGAGUAUCUGUGACUGUGGUCAGUAGCUGUAGGAUAUUAUGUCAGAUCUGUAACUCCUUGAGCAGAGAAAUAAAGACACAAAGUUGGUUUAUUGGGUGGUACCCAUAAGGCAGAGUUUCCUUUUAAACUUAAAAUGUGCAUACCAGUCCUUUUUUUUUAGAAAAAGAGGUGCCAGAACUCACUGUUGUUCUCUUAUAAUGGCAAUGGCGUCCACUUCAGCGGUGCUAGGACUGAGUUCCAGCUGAAAACAGCCCUGGGCAUAACGAUUGUCUGUUUUGGUGCAAUUAUUUCACCUAUUUUUUGUAGGGAGUGGCCAGACCGAUUUUGGACCACAGCUGAAGUCUAUGAACAAGCAGCAAUUCACACUUGUAGCCUGGGAUCCUCGCGGGUAUGGAAAGUCAAUCCCCCCACUUCGAGAUUUUCCUGAAGAUUUUUUUGAAAGAGAUGCAAAAGAUGCUGUGGACUUGAUGCAGGUAAAUUUGUCCUUCUAAGGAACACCCUUUGGAGAACUGAAGUGUUCCUUCCCUGGGGUAUUAGAAUGUUAGUUGUGGGAGUAAACACAGCAAGCAAAACUUGAGACUCAGAGUUUGUGGCUCAGAAACUUUAUGAAAAUGAUUAACUGUUUAGUAGCAGGAUAUCUCUGUUGCAGGACACCUCUGUCUCCUUUUUGCUUUAGCAACCUAUUCCUUUCAAAGACUAUUCAGCUUAAUUCCUUUUUUAAAAAACUCACCUUUAUAUAUAGCCUAUUCAAACACAAAAACAAGUGUAUUAGCACCCAAAAUGCAUGUCACUAAAACUUUCGAUUCAUUCGCAUGUAAUUGAAGGAAACAACUUAAAGCGGUACCAUAUUUUUUGCUCUAUAGGACGCACCGGACCAUAGGAGGGGGAGAACAGGAAAAAAAACCUCUCCCCCUCUCUGCUCGGAGCCCCUUCCAUUUCUCCUCCCGCUUCGCUGAAGGGGCACUGCACAGCUCUCCCUUUCUGCUGAAGCUGGGAGAGUCUUGCUCUCCCGGCUUCAGCAAAAGGAACCCAAAGCCUUUGGAGCGCAUCGCGAGUUCCCGCUGUGCUCCAAAGGCUUCAGGCGGCUAUCCCUGAAGCCUGUAGAGUGCGCACCGACCCCUCUCGCUCUCCAGGCUUCAGCGAAAGCGUUGCUAUCACUGAAGACAAGGAGCCUGCAUUCGCUCCAUAGGACGCACACACAUUUCCCCUUAAUUUUUGGAGGGGAAAAAGUGCAUCCUACAGAGUGAAAAAUACGGUACAUGGUAGAGGGUGCCGAAUCUUUUUCUCUCAUAGCUCUUAACAGCCAGUCUUACUUCUGGAGAAAAACACCUGGAGAAACACAAAGAGGAUUGAGAAGAGAGAAAAUGAGGACCAAAUGGGUUGGCCUAAAUGGUUAAGGCAGUGUUAGCCCUACAAUCUGGUGACCCAAUUAAUCUCCCCUCCACCUCCAGAAUGAGCAUGGUUCUUGCCCUAGCAUGUGGCAACGAACCCUCAGAGGAUGUUCUAGUAGCCUUCAUACACACCUACCAUCAUGGCUUGGCACCAACCAUCAUGACUGAAGUGGCAGGCCUCUCUGUGCUUCGCAGAAGCAUCUAGCAGGAUUGGCACCCUAUGAGGCAAGAUGUAUGGGCUACUCUCACUCAAAGCACAAGGGAAUGGCUGUCAUCCCUACUCUAUUUUAAUUUUACAAAGGUUUGGAUAUUCCUUUAGAUCACGGUUUCCCAAAUUUGGCUCUCCAACUGUUUUUGGACUACAGCUCCCAUCAUCCUUCCCGCCCCCCAAAUUUUUUAAUUGAUUUUCCACAUAUAUGACAAAAAUAAAAAAGCAAAAAUACACAUAAACUAACACAACACAACAAACUAAACAAUAAACUAAACACAAAGAAAAUUUGUUUCUUCAAAUCUAAUUCUUGUUACAUUGAUAACUGGCUUCCUCAUAUCCCCUCUAACUGAAUUUCAUUGUAUCACCUGUGUAACAGUUCUCCCAAAUCAUAUUUCUAAUAAAAUUAACUUUCAUUUACUAUCUUCUUCUCUUUUAUUAAUAUUCUAAUCAUUAAUAUUUACUACCACAAAUUCUUAUUCUACCCCAAGCCUAUUUAUUACUUCCAAGAAUUUUCUAUUUAUCUUAUAUUACAAUAUUUAGCUAAAUAUUCUUUAAAUUUCUUCCAAUCCUCAUGUAUCUCCUCCUCCUUCUGUUCGCGGAUUCUUCCAGUCAGGUCGGCCAGCUCCAAAAAGUCUAACAUCUUCAUCUGCCAUUCUUCUAUUCUUGGUAUCUCUUGUGAUUUUCAAUUUUUGGCUAAUAAAAGUCUUGCCGCUGUAGUGGCAUACAAAAGCAGUCUAACAUCUUUUCUGGGCAGUUUCAAUCCUAUUAUUCCAAGUAGAAAGGCUUCUAGUUUCUUAAUAAAUGUAUUUUUCAACAUUUUUUUCAACUCAUUAUAAAUCUUUUCCCAGAAGUCUUUCACCUUAGGACACGUCUACAGCUCCCAUCAUCCUUAUCUAGCAGGACCAGCAGUCAGGGAUGAUAGGCAUUGUAGCCCGAAAACAUCUGGAGACUCAAGUUUGGGAAACACUGCUUUAGAUGAUCUGGAAGAAGGGAGCUGCCUUCCCUCUUGUAGGUUGUCAGGAUACAAUAUGGGAGUGGCUAAUCUGUGACCCUCCAGAUAUUGCUGGACUACAACUCCCAUCUUUCCUGACCAUUGGCCAUUCUGGCUGAGCUGGUGGGUGCUCAAGACCAUCAACAUCUGAAAGGCCACAAGUUAGCAACCCCUGAUCUAGCAAGCCUCCAGUACCAUAGAUGAAAUUUAGUAGGUGCAACAUAGCCAAACUCCCACCACUUGUAAAUUCCCUUGAUUUCGAUGGGGAAGGGUUGCUUCUGAAGAGACUUGUGUCUUCAGGUAAAGCCAUUCAGCUGUAAAAACCAGUUAUUUCCAGUCUGUUUCCCUGUACUAAACAAGGCACUGAAGUUUAAGAAGUUCUCCUUGCUGGGAUGGAGUGACGGUGGAAUAACAGCACUCAUUGCUGCUGCAAGGAAUCCAACUCUUAUCCACAAAAUGGUGGUUUGGGGAGCCAAUCCCAGCGUUUCAGAGGAGGACGUGAAACUUUACAAUGGUAUGUAUUAGAUGAAUGUAGAAAGGGUAAGUUGACGUUUUUCUUUAAUUUUCUUUUCUAAACUACCAUAAACAUUUCAAAAAUUGAAGUAAUGUAAGCUCGAAGAAUUCACGAUUCAGCUAUAUUCGUAGCUGUCAGAAAGGAAGCUUGGUUACUAAAUGUGAAACUUAAUGCUCCAAUAUAAUAAAAAUGCAUUACAAUGAAAAUAUCAUAAUGGUCUAUUAUAAGAAAAACUUUUCCCAUUGUACUCAUAAUAUAUGUGAGGAGAAAAUGGAUUAUCCACCUGUUCAGCUCCCUACAAUACUUGUUUUUUUCUUAUUAAAUAGUUAACGAUAAAUCAGAAAAAGAUUGUUUUGCACCAGUUGAAUAAGCAGCAAAUAGAAUUAAAAGCCUUCUUGAAUCAAGUAUCAUGGAUUGUGGUUACAAAAAGAAAAAAGAAAAAAAUUGUUUUAAGGAACAGUUGAAUUGCUCUUGAACCUAAAUGUGGGGGUGGGGAACUACUAUAAUUAACAACCCUGCAGAAAAAGAAUUCAAUUUAAAACUAAACAUUUUCACAUUUUCUGCUACAUUUAAAAAAAACUCUGUAAAAAUUUAAGUGUGAGAGCUUCUAGCAGUGAGAUGAGAUCUUAACAUACUGCUGUAUUGUUGCUGGUGCUUUUAGCUUAUUCAUAAACGACCAAGUUGAGCAGUGAGGCAGCCAAUACGCUAAUGACAUCCAAUUAUUCGGGGUAGUAAAGACAAAAAAAAAAAAGGAUUGCAGAGUGAACUGUAUUUAUCCAAAAUGGAUGAAUGGAUGAGAAAAUGCCAAGUGCAACUCAGAGUAAGGGUCAAGUGAAGUACUGUGGAACAAAAUAUCCUAACUUCACAUUAUACUGGGAUUGCCAUAUGUCCAGAAAUUCCAGGACAUGUCCUCUAUUGGGGGGUGUACAUGGCCACCUGGAGGGAAAUUUAUGUUUUAAAGCAAAUGUCUGGGAUUAAAAAAAUAAAAAAGAAAAAAUGGGGGUGCACAGGUGGCUCUGAUUCAGCCUCUGGCGCAGCUUGGGUUCUGUUGCAGCCACGAGUGGUUUGGGCUUGGCAGCGGCAGACAGCAUUGGGGCUAUUGCGUGAAUGCCCCCCCCAAAUCUCAACAACUAUGUCUGGAUUUUUACCAACCCUACAUUAUACACUGGUGGGGCCCCAGCUAACAGUUACUGACCAAGAAAGGGAUUGAAGGAUGUGAGGGAAAGCUCAAUUUAAAUGCUGAUCCAGUGUUUACCGUAUUUUUCGCUCCAUUGGACGCACCGGACCAUAGGACGCACCGGACCAUAGGAGGGAGAGAACAGGAAAAAAAUUUUUUUCUUGUUCUCCCCCUCUAAAACAAGGUGCGUUCAAGGUACAUUCACCAGAGCUUAGGGGCUGGCGGUGGGGAAGCGCUGCUUUCCCCCACCGCCAGCCUCAAAGAUCCCUGAAGCCUUUGGAGCGCAGCGCCCCGCUGCCCUGCAGAGGUUUGCGCGCAGCCGUCCCCAAGCUAGAGCAGCGGGAUGGAGCCCUCCGUCUCGCUGUUCUGGCUUGAGAACAGCCUUGCUAGCUUCUGCAGGACAGCGGGGUGAAGGCACCCCGCUGCCCUGCAGAGGUUUGCGCGCAGCCGUCCCCAAGCUAGAGCAGCAAGACGGAGUGCUCCGCAGUGCUCCGUCUUCCUGUUCUGGCUUUGGGCUUAGCGGCGCAGCCUGCAUUCGCUCUAUAGGACGCACACACAUUUCCCCUUAAUUUUUGGAGGGGAAAAUGUGCGUCCUAUAGAACGAAAAAUACGGUAAAUGCUGUGGAAAUGGCGAAAUUCUAGUUCGCAAAAGAGAUUGAAAAUGCAGUUACCAUACCCAUCUAUGGUGCAGACAGCCUUGGAAUACUGUGUACAGUUCUAGUUACUGAAGCGAAGAUAGGAUACAGUAGAGUUGGAAAAAGUGCAACCAAAAUGAUUAGGGGUGGGGCUAAAUCCAGUCCAUUGUGGGGAAAGGUUAUGAUGUUUGGUGCCUUUUAGCCUAGAAAGAAGGUGAGUAAUGGGGGCAUAAUAAAGAUGUAUUAAAAUUAUCUGGAGAAAGUGGGUAGAAGUUCUGUCUCUCUCAAAAUACUAGAAUAGAGCUGGAUUCAUGUUUAAUUGUGUGAAUCAAUUUGCAUUGACCCUGCCCACCGCUGGCAUGAAGCUCUGAAAAGUUAGCCAUGGAAGGGCAUUGAGGCCCUUGGGCUGCAAAAGGUUCCCCGCUCCCCCAUAAUAAGACAGGAUUUUGAUACUUCUUUUAACAUACACAUUUCCGCCUGGAGGCGGUUGGAGGAUGGAUGGUUGAAUCCUGACAAGACAGAAGUACUGUUUUGGGGGGACAGGAGGCAGGCGGGUGUGGGGGAUUCCCUGAUCCUGAAUGGGGUAACUGUGCCCCUGAAGGACCAGGUGCGCAGCCUGGGAGUCAUUUUGGAAGCACAGCUGUCCAUGGAGGUGCAGGUUAAUUCUGCGUCCAGGGUGCUGUCUACCAGCUCCACCUGGUACGCAGGCUGAGACCCUACCUGCCCGCGGACUGUCUCGCCAGUGGUGCAUGCUCUAGUUAUCUCCCGCUUGGACUACUGCAAUGCACUCUACGUGAGGCUACCUUUGAAGGUGACCCGGAAACUGCAAUUAAUCCAGAAUGCGGCAGCUAGACUGGUGACUGGGACUGGCCGCUGGGACCACAUAACACCUGAGAGAUCUGCAUUGGCUCCCAGUACGUUUCCGAGCACAAUUCAGUGUGUUGGUGCUGACCUUUAAAGCCCUAAACGGCCUUGGUCCUGUAUACCUGAAGGAGCGUCUCCACCCCCAUCGUUCAGCCCGGACACUGAGGUCCAGCUCAGAGGGCCUUCUGGCGGUUCCCUCAUUGCGAGAAGUGAGGUUACAGGGAACCAGACAGAGAGGGCCUUCUCAGUAGUGGCACCCGCCCUGUGGAACACCCUCCCUUCAGAUGUGAAGGAAAUAAGCAGCUAUCCUAUCUUUAAAAGACAUCUGAAGGCAGCCCUGUUUAGGGAAGUUUUUAAUAUUUAAUGCUGUACUGUUUUUAACAUUUGAUUGGGAGCUGCCCAGAGUGGCUGGGGAAACUCAGCCAGAUGGGCGGGGUAUAAAUAAUAAAUUAUUAUUAUUAUUAUUUCAUUCCCUUGUCCGCAGCUAUCCGUGAUGUUUCAAAAUGGAGUGAAAGAGCCAGGCAGCCAAUGGAAGAAAUGUAUGGCCACGAUUACUUUAGCAAAACCUGCGCAGCCUGGGUGGAUGGAAUCUCCCAGUUUGCACAAAAACCAAAUGGUAAGAAAUCCUGCAGCUAAAAAGAGAUAGAGAGGCCGGCAAUGAUAAGCUUUAUGUCUCCGCCCUGUUUUGUUGCAUUUCAGUUCACUAUUAUCCAUCGCUGUAUCUCAGAAUCAUAUUUAUCCACAAACGUUCUUCCCAGGAAUCUUCCAGCAUUUAAAAAUUAAUGCUGACUUUGUGGGAUUAGAGGGAAAAGGUGGGAUACAAAUGCAAUCAUUUAAAAAUAACUGAAAUAUUACAAUGGGUCAGAUUUAACUAAUUUGUUCCAUUAGCAAAAGCCUACACAAGGGCUUCCAUUAGCACAAUGGAGGCUUGCCUUCACUUCCCUCAUGAUCCCACUUCCCAAAUUGGCUUGUAGGGUCAGGAAAAGCCCCAGAGCGGCACUGAGGAGUGGGCAGAAUGUCCUGUCAGCUGAAAUGUUUGCACUGAUUCACCUCAGCAGACAUUGAACUCCUCCCAUAGAUUAUAGCCACGUUUCACCAAGUGAUUAUUUAGAUCAGAGCUGAGGCUCUUCCUUUAGCAGCUAUGAAUGAACUUCCCCUCGCAAUUGUGUGUUCCUUUGGGAUGUGGGCAGCGCUGUGGUCUAAACCACUGAGCCUCUUGGGCUUGCCGAUCGGAAGGUUGCGGUUCAAAUCCCCGCGACAGGGUGAGCUCCCGUUGCUCUGUCCCAGCUCCUGCCAACCGAGCAGUUCGAAAGCACACCAGUGCAAGUAGAUAAAUAGGUACUGCUGCGAUGGGAAGGUAAACGGCGUUUCUAUGUGCUCUGGCUUCUGUCAUGGUGUCCCAUUGCACCAGAAGCAGUUUAGUCCUGCUGGCCACAUGACCCAGAAAGCUGUCUGUGGACAAACGCCGGCUCCUUUGGCCUGAAAGCGAGAUGAGCACUGCACCCCAUAGUCACCUUUGACUGGACUUAACCAUCCAGGGGUCCUUUACCUUUUACCUUUUGACACAGGGCUGCCAUGGGAUAAACUUUUCAAGUGCAGACCGUUUCCCCAGCUGUCAUUUUACCUUCCUUGUCAUAUGAAGUUUGUUUUUUACUGGUGACAGUUGGUUGGAAAAGCACCAUGCUACCUGCAAGGCGAAAGAAGCUUCUGAGCUGCUGAGAGUAGGAAUUGCGGGGGGUGGGGUGGAAACAUCCAGAUUCACCACCAUCAAUCUCUUAAGAGUUGGAUUGGCAAUCCACCUGCAAAUGAGGAACUGCCAUUUGAACACUUCUGCAACCUUGAAAUAACCGUCAUGCUAGCCAGAUCCGUACAUUUUGCUCGUGGUUCUGCUUUUCUAAGUAAGCAAGCCUGUUGCAACAUCUUGCAGGGGAAAUGACACACUGCCUAAUUGCACACAAGGUAUUUCUGCUUUUCUACUCCACCUUGCAGAAAAAAAUUAACAUUCCCUGCUUACACUUGUCUGCUUAAGUCAAUCAUUGCCAGUCUUAGUUUAAAAAAGCAAUAAUCGUUUGAGACUAAUUUCAAGGAGCUUUUUUAAAAAACAGAGCUUUCUUUUUAAAAAAGAAAAGCUUUCUGAAUGCUAAUGGCUGUUCAGUACAACAAGGACAAAGCGGUCGAAUCACUUGGAGGGCACAGAAUAGGCUGGCUACAAUCUCCUACCCACAUAUUCUGGGAGCAGCCCCCAAUGAACUCAGUGAGACGGACUUCUGGGUAAACCUAGAGCUGCAUUAUUACUAUCCCAGUCCCAGCUGGCGAGAAGCAGAGUGGCAUAUCAGCCACCGCAUCCCAGGUUCUGACAACCAGGGGAGAAGAGGUGGGGAAAAAAAAUUUGCUGCACCGGUUCCAGGCUGGCCUAGCCAAAGGAAGUGAGAAUUGGUUCCUUUGGGGGAAUCUGCAAGCCUGACACCAUUUCUGGCCUUUCUGCUGGCUACCACUUAAUGCUUUCCAUUAAGACCCACACCCACCCCACUAACAGAUUUCCACCUUCACCAUAGCCUAACACACACACCCCAGCAAUGCAGAUCAGGAGAUUAGGGCUACUCAGAUUAUUAGCCACUGUUUAAUUUCCUGAUGACACUUUCUCAGUGUUCCCAGGCCUUGCCAGCACAUCUUUUAAACUCCUGUAAUGUUGUCCUUUCUUUGUAAACCUGUAUAUGGUAUCAGGGUGGCGUAUAGGUCACAGAACUCAGUAAAUUGGGUUAUUUGGAACCUAAUUUAUUUUGUGUGUGCAGAACACAAAACAUCCUGCCUGCAUUAGCUGAGUCGACAUAUUUAACUCAAGAUUUAUAAGUGCCGACACUUGUGAUGGGGAAUAAAAGGAAACCGAAGCAAACUGCCCACAAAAGCAGAAUAAAAUUCUGACACAUAUUUUUAAGUACAAAUAUCAGUACAUGCUUGAACAGGUUGUCUUAAGAAUUCAGAACUAGAUGCUGAGAGAAGGGGGAAGAAAACCCUGGCAAUUUUGUCUGAAUCAGAGAGACUGGCACUCAUGGAAUUGCUCCCAUUGUAGUAAUUCCUGUUGCUGAUCCAGUUUCUACUAAACCAUUUUUUUUGCAGUCAGAAGAAUCAACUAUUUCACUUCCUUUGCAAGGAGGAAGUAGGUGGUGUUAGCAUCACAUUUCCCCAGUGAAGCAUAUUACCAUUUCAAAGUAAAUAAAUAAGGAAAUUAUCUUGACAUUUUUUUCCACUUCCCAUCCCCAGGCAGUAUCUGUCAGUCUUUGCUGCCUCAUAUUCACUGCCCAACGUUAAUAAUCCACGGAGAAAAAGAUCCCUUGGUUCCACGCUUUCACCCUGAAUAUCUUCACAAGCAUAUCAAGGGUUCACAGUAAGUCUGUUUUUCUUGGGGAGGUGGGCAGGAGAAACUAAAGCUAAAAAUUAUGUGAACAGAUUAAAAAGCUUCUCCAGUUGCUCAGAACGAACCACUUUGCAGGCUUCUGCAAUCAUUGGAAAGAAUGCUUCCAGCCACGAUAUUGUAGAAAUACUCACAAGCAGACAGAUCCAUCCCAUAGGAAAGAUUUGUGCACAGUAGAUGCAAUUUCUGAACGCAAGUAGAAAGAGCAACUUGAACCAGCCAGCACAAAAUUCAUUUCGCAAUUUUCUGCAAUUCAGCAAAGCGUCUGGGGUCAGUAACUUGAGAUGAAAACUCAAGGACCUGCUUCCAAAAUUAGACACCGGCAUUAGGAAGUUAGAAACUGUUAGCAACAGUUUCAAAACUCUAAAUGCUGCAAGUCUUUAAUGGAACAUGGUACAAUGGAAGCAAUCUAUACUGUAGCAGCUACAAAAUAGCUGUCUUGAAUGCUCUGCAGUGAAUAGCGCAGUGAUGUUGUCAUAGUUCAAAUGAACCACCUUGCUAAAACAAUCCUUAAGGGAUCAUUUUUAAAAAUCCAGUAAUUUUGUAGAGAUAGUAAGACAACGAAGACUGCGAGCUUAAGUUUCACUGAAACUUGUUUCCAAAUUUGCCCACGUCGGACAGGCACAUAAGCCUGACAAUUCAGUGCUUGCUUUGAAUGUUGAAAUGGCCACAGCAGCUCAUAACACUUUGCUAUGACAUGACUCCUCUGCAGUCAUGUCCUGCAGAUUAUGUUGCUUCUUUUCAUAGAGGCUUUUUUUAUUUUAGACAUGUCCAUUUGAAAAAGAUGAGCAUGGACCGGGAAAUAAUUGUAGCAUGCUCAAAGUCAGACACCUCCAUGAAUGUCCAUAAAUUAUGACACAGAUGCUUUGAGAUAUCAAUUCCAAAUAUGAAAAUACAAAUCUUUCUAGCAAGCUGGCUUCUUGCAUGCACUUGGGCAGAGUGUAGGUUUAAGUAAUAAAUGCUUGCCGUGUUUCCUGUACACCUAGAAUUUAUCCAGUGGUUUGUUUGUUUUUUGUUUCAGGUUGCAUUUGAUGCCGGAAGGAAAACAUAAUUUGCACCUACGCUUUGCAGACGAAUUUAACAGAGUGGUGGAAAAGUUUCUUCUAUGAAAUGUUGCCAGUUGUUACUGAACCACCCUGAGAUCUAUGGGUAUAGAGCAGUGUAGAAAUUCAAUAAAUAAUAAUAAUAAUUGAUAAGCAACAGUUUCUUUGCUGUUCCUACUCAUGGGACGGACAGGAUGAUAAGUCCACUUUAAUUAUCUGGUAUGGGGGAGAGAAAGGGAAUCAAAUUUCUUCCUGUUAUUGCACCAAAGUUGUAACAUGCUUCUCAUGUCAACAGUUUGGCUGUAUCUUAACCUUUCGGGGUUUUUACACUUAAAUGAGCAUUAAAAUCUGCCUUUUGGCUAUUAAGGACUGCUCGUGUUUCUUAGCAACUUUAAAAGGAACAUUGGGAAGUGCAUUAGUUUUAAUAGAUGUACAAUAUGAUCUAUCUUGAAGAAAACAGUCAUUAUUCAGAGCACAUGCCUUUAUAGAGUCCUCAAUAUUUAACACCACACAAAAACCAUUGAACAGUUUGAGUUCAUGACAGAUUCUUAAUGUUUACACAAAAAUGCCACAAAAAACGUGCUUUAUCACUGCUAUCAGAAUCCAUGCCAGCUCUAUUUGUAGUCUUCUUGCUGCUUUCCCCCCUCAUUUUCAAGCUUUUUAUUCUCUUAAAAUGGAAAGGUUUAAAAGCCAGAUUUUUUUUAGGGAACAUGAGACAUACGUCAUUGAGCAAUUAAUACCCCAAAUAUAAUCUAACUAUGGAACUGAAGAUAAACUGUACAACUCAGUGGCAAACUCCUCCCUCUGAAGAAAAAGUUAUCCAUGAAUCAGUCAUGAUUUAAGUAUCUGCAUCCUUUGAGGUAUGCAGCGCAACAACCGCAAAUGUUGCAAUUAAAAUUUAAACUGUCAAACAUCUAACACACAAUUCAGGUUGCAAAUUUCUAUACUGUGCAUUGUGGCAAUACAAGGACAUUUUUUGAGGGCAGGGAAUAUCCAAAAUUAGCUGAGCAUACACCUCUAGAAUUUGGUAGAGCGUCCUUCUCCAACUAGGCCUAGUGGUGGUGUAAUCCAAAACAGAUAGAAGGGCCAGGUUAGGGGAAGCUGCUCUACGAAUUUCUUCUCUUUCAUGCUUGCAAAAUGUGAAGAGGUGUUCUCAGGUUGUUCCUCAAUGGCCUUCCAAACUACUAUUUCUAGAUUCCUGAAUUUUCAAUAUGGCUUGUGUAGCUAGCUUCCUUGUCUAUGGAGCAGCUGAGAAGUCUAUUUCAGAUAACGUUUGAUAUAGGUAACCUCUGCAAAAAUUUAUAACAAUUAUAAAUUUAUAUAAAUUUAUAAUUUUUAUAAAACAGCUGCAGUACAAUGGUGUGAUCAAUAGCUUUCCCAAUUGGCUGAACGACAACAGUUGUCUUAAUAAGGAAGUAAAUAUAUUUUUAAGGGUAAAGUUUACAAAGUUCACUUUCAGCUUCAUAGGACCCAUUUUUCAUUAUUAUGGUGAAAUGCUUUCAUGACCUAUAAAAGUGCUUCCAAAUCAAAGGGUUUGGGCAAUGAGGAAAUCAACAGUGAAAGCACCAAGUUGAACUGAAAAAGCAUGCAGCAGCAGAGCUGAACAGACUGUGCCCCAAAACACUGGCCCCUAAACCACCGCCAUCCUAAGCCUCGUCCUCCUCGCCUUCCUCCUCAAACUCUCCUUGCUCGUCCGCUGUGGCGUCUUGAUAUUGCUGGUAUUCGGAGACCAGGUCGUUCAUGUUGCUCUCGGCCUCCGUGAACUCCAUCUCAUCCAUGCCCUCUCCGGUGUACCAGUGAAGGAAGGCCUUUCGGCGGAACAUGGCCGUGAACUGCUCAGAGAUCCUCUUGAACAGCUCCUGGAUGGCCGUGCUGUUGCCAAUGAAGGUGGCGGACAUCUUGAGGCCUCGCGGAGGGAUGUCGCACACGGCCGUCUUCACGUUGUUGGGGAUCCACUCGACAAAGUAGCUGCUGUUCUUGUUCUGGACGUUCAGCAUCUGCUCGUCCACUUCCUUCAUGGACAUUCUGCCUCGGAAAAUGGCCGCCACCGUCAGGUAGCGCCCGUGGCGUGGGUCACAGGCCGCCAUCAUGUUCUUGGAAUCAAACAAUUGCUGGGUCAGCUCUGGCACUGACACGGCCCGGUACUGCUGGCUUCCGCGGCUCGUGAGGGGAGCAAAGCCGGGCAUGAAGAAGUGCAGGCGAGGGAAGGGCACCAUGUUGACCGCCAGCUUGCGGAGGUCGGCAUUCAGUUGGCCAGGGAACCGCAGGCAGGUGGUGACGCCGCUCAUGGUGGCCGAAACCAAGUGGUUGAGGUCCCCGUACGUCGGAGUGGUGAGUUUGAGUGUGCGGAAGCAGAUAUCGUACAAGGCCUCAUUGUCAAUACAGAAGGUUUCAUCCGUGUUCUCCACCAGCUGGUGGACGGACAGCGUGGCAUUGUAGGGCUCCACCACUGUGUCCGACACCUUAGGGGACGGCAUCACACUGAACGUGUUCAUGAUCCGGUCGGGAUACUCCUCCCGGAUCUUGCUGAUGAGGAGCGUCCCCAUCCCGGAGCCCGUGCCACCACCCAGGGAAUGGGUCAGCUGAAAGCCCUGCAAGCAGUCGCAACUCUCAGACUCCUUCCUUACCACAUCCAGCACAGAGUCCACCAGCUCAGCUCCCUCUGUGUAGUGGCCCUUGGCCCAGUUAUUCCCAGCACCACUCUGGCCUAAAGGAAGAAGCAGAAAUACAAGGAUAAAGAAACAAAUUGGCAAUUAUUGAUUUCUGGUCCAACUGUUCCUCUUAUAAGCCAUGUCCAGCCCCAGCCCACAAAACCAGUUUAUUUUCCUCUGGUUCUCAGAUAUAGUGUUUAAAGACCCAACUCUGGAAAAGUACAUUGGCUCAAAUAUCAUGGGCUUUUGUACCUUUGGCAAUUUGAGGGGUAGGGGAUGAUGAAACUCAGAGGAAGGUCAGAUCUUUCUACCACUUCACCUACUGCAUAUACCUGGAGAUGUGCCACCUUUCUGCCAACUGGCAGAACUAGCCUUGCCCUUGUUUCAGUACAUGAUCAAAAGUUAUAGGGAGAAUGUAUAGGAUUAGUCAAACAUUCCUCAUAGCUGAAUUCAAGUGGCUCCCAGGACAGGCAGAAGAGUCAGCUGUUUUGCAUAGGGAUGAGAUCUGCAGAACAUUUGGAAUGACAAGAUACAUUGCGCUCCUGUCAAGAAGGGAGACUACAGUCACCAAAAGAAUAUUACAUACCAAAGACAAAAUUGUCAGGCCGAAAGAUCUGGCCGAAUGGUCCAGACCGGACCGAAUCCAUUGUGCCAGGCUCCAAGUCCACCAGGACUGCACGGGGGACAUACUUGUUGCCUGCAGGGAGAACAAAAGAAAGAUUUAUGGAUGCAGUGACCUUGUUAAAUUAUCUGCAGUCUACUGUGCUCUUGGCAACCCUCAGCGUUACUCUGAAAAGAAUUUUAUAUCAAGUAGCAGCACUUAUUGUGAACAGAUUUUCAAUGGCAACCGCUGUCAACCGCUAUUCUCUAAGGUAUUUAGUCAGCAAAAUCAACCGUACAAAGAAAGCAGGUUUCUGGCAUCAGCUUCAGAAAACAGGCCUUAAUCAUGCUCUAGCCUCGGUUAUGCCUUUACAUAGCGACACCUUUGUACAAGCCCAGAGGAAAGAAAGCAUCAUUCUCCCCUCGUCUGCCAGGUCUUUCACAUCACCCACUAUCCAGUCCUUUUAACUUGAGAUGCACCUGCUCUACCACUGAACUGGUCCCUCCCCAUAGCCCACCCAGCUAAGUUGUGGCCCAUCAGCUGUUACCGCAAUCCCCUUUGAAAUAAGUCAGGGGUCUUAUUACGUAUCCAAGCACAAUUCAAAGUGUUGGUGCUGAUCUUUAAAGCCCUAAACAGCCUUGGCCCAGUAUACCUGAAGGAGCGUCUCCAGCCCCAUUGUUCAACCUGGACACUGAGGUUCAGCUCCGAGGGCCUUCUGGCAGUUCCCUCCCUGCGAGAAGUGAGGUUGCAGGUAACCAGACAGAGGGCCUUCACGGUGGUGCCCUCCCUGUGGAAUGCCCUCCCAUCAGAUGUCAAGGAAAUAAGCAACUAUCUGAUGUAAGACACCUGAAAGCAGCCCUGCUUAGGGAAAGUUUUUAAUAUUUCAUCUUUUGCCAUGUCUUUAAUGUUCUGCUGGGAGUCGCCCAGAGUGGCUGGGGAAAUACAGCCAUAUGGGCGGGGUAUAAUAAAUUAUUAUUAUCACCCGACAUCUGGUGAUUGGCAGGUGGUACGUCCUGCUCACCUGUCAAGGUUGGCGUGUGUGUGUGUGUGUGUGUGUGUGUGCAUGUGUGCAUAGACCACAGCAGCCAGAGCCACUUCCCCACCUGUACUUCAUAGGUACCCAUGGAAAAUUUUGUCUGCGAAGUUUUAUUAUUACAAGGUUAUUUAUUUUCAAUUGCAGAAAUCAUAAAUAACCUUUGACAUCCAGAAGCAACAAUGUCAAUGUUUCCCCUCCCAAGCAAAAAACCCUGUGUUUGAAAACACAUAAUUAGGGAGCUUAUGGCAGGCAGGCUGCGUCUUAGAACAAAGAAAUUCUUCCCAUUCCCCUCACACAGAAGGAAAUUCUUCUAAGGUGGGGCUAGACACAAAAAUGUGAAUAGCAUCUGUUUAUAAAAAUAAAAAAGGCUCUUUGCAAGAACUGCGUAUUUAUCUGCAGAUUUAAUUAGUUGGAAGCCGUGCAAUCUAUCAAUCAAGAUUUCUGUAAAUGGGCAACAGACUUAUUUCCGGAGGCAGACAGCUAGAAGCACUUCCUUAAAAAGACAAGCGCUCCAUUUUUACCGGCAGCUUCAUUGUAGUAGACGUUGAUCCUCUCAAGCUGCAGGUCGCUGUCUCCAUGGUAGCUGCCUGUCGGGUCAAUGCCGUGCUCGUCGCUGAUGACCUCCCAGAACUGAAAUGGGAAUUUUGCAGAGCAAUUUAGCAAGUGCGACGAGGAAGCAUGGCUUAACACGUGCAGCUGCUGCGGCCACACCUUAGCCACCAUACUGCAAGCACAUGAUCCUCUGCGCCAUGACGAGACAGAUUCCCUUCACACAAAGCAAUGCCAACAGGGCAUAAGAAGGCAGGAUUGUUAAAUUUCACGGAUGGACAUACUGUUGGGGGAGGGCUUGUUUAACAAAGAAAGAAGCCAAUUGGUUUCCGGCUUUGCACCAUCACGCUGCUUCAGAUACAGGCUGCAUCCUUUGCAGAGGGGCGAGGCAACCUAAAAGCUUAUCGUUAUAACUGGAUUGCUGCAACUGUGUGAGACAGAUCUGGCCCCGAUGGAAAGCGAAGGCCUUUAUUGUUUCCCGCAAGAUCUGCCCUAUGAAGCGGCAGGGGAAAAUGGUCUGUGUAUCCGAGGCUUGCGAAAGAGGAGGCGCACCGUAGACAUAACCCCGGGGAGGGUUUUCCUAGUGCUUUGCCUUCCCCCAAUCCUUCAGCUUAAUUCUUAGGUGGCGAUUAAUGCCUUUCAUUUGGAGACGCAAGAGUGGCUGGGGAAACUCAGCCAGAUGGGCGGGGCAUAAAUAGUAAAUUUAUUAUUAAUUAUUAUUAUUAUUCUAAGAAAAGGAAACGACACGGCUGGUCCCCACACACUGGGCUCUUACCAACAAUAGAUCCCCCCCACCAGAUUCCCUUGCCCCCGCUUUCCCAUGAUACCUUGGCUCCAAUCUGAUUCCCGCACUGGCCGGCUUGCAUGUGCACGAUCUCCCGCAUGGCUGCGACUUUGUUUCAGGCGAUCACCCGCUUGCUACCUUCCGGAAAGAAAAAGCUGCGCCUUACACUCUAGACGACAGAAGCAGAAAACAAGGGCGCGCCUCCCCCCUCCCCCCGAGGGCUCCUUUAUAGUGGGAGCGCGUGGCUCCGCCCCUUCCCUUCCCGGCCGGGCGCAGGGCGGGGCUAAAGGCACCUAGAAGCCUCCUUGUCUCUCGCUCACGCCUCCGCUGCUCGCGCCCGAGAGAGGGAGGGGGCGGGGCGGCGGCGGCGGCGGCCUGGAUUUGACCGACCUCGCCCCGAGGCGACCCUAAUAUUGCAAAGCGGGUCCUCGCUGUGCCGGCUUUGGGUCUUUUCAGCGGGGGUUUUAUUUUUGCACCUGCCUGCAGCGGAAACCAUUUUGAUGCGCUCGAAAGUUUUAUUUCCCCCAGAGAGACUGCUGUGGGCCCGGGAGCUCAGUCUAAGGGUUGCGUUUUUCUGCUGCGGUCAGAAAUCUCCGAUUUUUCCCUCCCCCACCCAGCCUUUUCACAUCCUGCUCCAUCCAAUGAGUGGGCAUCGCCGACUAUAAAAGAAUGUGGGAUUGUUAAGAAACGACUCACGCUGCUGGGGAAAUGCCUAGCUGCUGGUUCAUACUACUCUGAUGAAAGAGUGAGAAAAGAGCAGGCUGUAGAGUAGGAAAAGCAGCUGUUUCCCCGAUAACUUGAGGGGGAUUUGGCUGACAAGUGCAGGGCACACAGUCUGCAAGUCCCUUUAUAAGCGAUUUCUUUUAUAUCCCACAAUUCCCUCCUAUCUGUGAAGAAGGGGGUGGUAGCAACCUUGACCAGGUAGUUUGAGACUUAGCCUACCUACCUUUCAAUGCAGUUGUGGAAGCAAUGACAUAAUCAGGCUCCCAUAGCCUUCCUCUUCUGUGUCAAGACUUCCAUCCAAUAAACUAUCCUUAGGAUUGUAGCCCCCUUUUUUUGUUUACUAAUGUGGGGUAAUUGGUCUUUUCACCUUUGGUUGUGACUGAGUGGGACUCUCAGUGGGGAGAUCAGGGGAUUUGGGCUGGGUGUUCAUCAGUAUGCGGAUGAUACCCAGCUCUACCUCUCUUUCAAAUCAGAACCAGUGAAGGCAGUGAAGGUCCUGUGUGAGUGCCUGGAGGCGGUUGGAGGUUGGAUGGCGGCUAACAGAUUGAGGUUGAAUCCUGACAAGACAGAAGUACUGUUUUUGGGGGACAGGAGGCGGGCAGGUGUGGAGGAUUCCCUGGUCCUGAAUGGGGUAACUGUGCCCCUGAAGGACCAGGUGCGCAGCCUGGGAGUCAUUUUGGACUCACAGCUGUCCAUGGAGGCACAGGCCAAAUCUGUGUCCAGGGCAGCUGUUUACCAGCUCCAUCUGGUACGCAGGCUGAGACCCUAUCUGCCUGCGGACUGCCUCGCCGGAGUGGUGCAUGCUCUGGUUAUCUCCCGCUUGGAUUACUGCAAUGCGCUCUACGUGGGGCUACCUUUGAAGGUGACCCGGAAACUACAACUAAUCCAGAAUGCGGCAGCUAGACUGGUGACUGGGACUGGCCGCUGGGACCACAUAACACCUGAGAGAUCUGCAUUGGCUCCCAGUACGUUUCCGAGCACAAUUCAAAGUGUUGGUGCUGACCUUUAAAGCCCUAAACGGCCUUGGUCCAGUAUAUCUGAAGGAGCGUCUCCACCCCCAUUGUUCUACCCGGACACUGAGGUCCAGCACCGAGGGCCUUCUGGCAGCUCCCUCACUGCGAGAAGCCAAGUUACAGGGAACCAGGCAGAGGGCCUUCUCGGUAGUGGCGCCUUCCCUGUGGAACACCCUCCCACCAGAUGUCAAAGAGAACAACAACUACCAGGCUUUUAGAAGACAUCUGAAGGCAGCCCUGUUUCGGGAAGCUUUUAAUGUUUGAUGUAUUAUAGUAUUUUAAUAUUCUUUUGGAAGCCGCCCAGAGUGGCCGGGGAAGCCCAGCCAGAUGGGCGGGGUAUAAAUAAUAAAUUAUUAUUAUUAUUAUUAUUAUUGUGCCCAGAGAGUAACAUGUCAAGGGACUAGUAGAGAUUUUGGAACACACCUGUUGUAUGACUGCCUUUCUUUUUUGUUGUGUAGUGUGCUGUCUCCCCAUUGCCAAUGUUUCUUCCUUCCCUCUCUCUCUCAUACUCUUAGUUCCAUGUGGGUGUGAGCCGAGUGCUCCCCACCUCUGCUGAGGUUCAUGUGCAUCUAUGAUCGUGGCCAUCUCUAGCGCUGUGUGGAGAUGCAGCAUAUUCCUUGGGGCCUCUGGACAGAACAUAGUGUUAUGGGUUUGUGGGGACCAGACUUCCCUAAAUUCCUGGGUCCAGUAAAUGUUAAAAAAUAAGCCAGGCCUGUUUCCUGAUGAGCUAUUUAGAGAACAAAGGGAAGGUAACGAGCCAUUAGGUAAACAAAGAGAGGGAGCUCUGUGUCAGAGGGCAAAUAGAAAGGGCCCCUCCUUCAACUCAGAGUGAAUUUGAAGACAAGGCAGAGUUUGAAGUAGAAUUUCAGAGCAGGCUGUGAUGUGAGCGAGAAACUGGAGAAAAAACAGCAAGUAGAGUGUCAUGGCUGAUUUCUGCUUGAAUCCAAGGCUGCAGCUAUCGGAGAAACAAGACCCUUUUGUGUGUUAAUCGUAUGCUCAGGUUGUGUAUAUAUGUAAAUAAGGGUGUGGGAAUGUUGAGGAAAGUAGGAGAGGACAUAUUGAUUAAGGAUUAUCCCUCCUCACUCAUGCGAGCAGGUAUGACAGGAAGUCCUCCCUGUCUGGAGUAACAUUCCCCUGUGUGUCCACUCUAGGCAACAGGAAAUGUUGUAGUCGAUGGCUUCCGUGAUGAUACAUCCCACAAAAGACACCACAGUCUCUGCUGCGCCUCAUUUCCAGUAGGAAACCCGGACCCUGGGUAAGCGUCUGAAACCCCUGGACUCUCACACCUCUUGGAGAUUGGGGUGACAGGCAACAGUACUUAGCUGCAUAUCUUCUUCUUCUUGGCUGUUUAGCUUCUGUCAGCCAACAUGCCUAGUUUAAGAGCUCAAAGAGGCAUAUUUAAAAGGUUGUGCUUUUAAUCAUUUUAAUAAUUUUUUUAGUCAUAUCGCCUUGGUUUUACUUAUCACAUCUGCUUUCUCUUCAAAAAUAAAUAUUUUUUAUUGAAAGUUUAUUUUCCAGAAUUAUGCUUUCACCAAUAAAAUAAUGCAAUCAUUGGCGUCCCUUCUUCAGCUCCCAUGGUUCAAGUUUCCCAUCAUUACUGCAUAUUCUAUUCUAACCAUCUAAAUCGUCCGCCCCCCCCACUUUAAAUAUUACCUCAGCAUGAUUUUUACUGUUGAAUUUACCUUAAUCCUGCUAGCGUUUUCACUUGUUUACAAUUAUUUCCCCAUAAUUCUCCUAUUCUGCUGGUUAGACCCACUGAUUCUGCAUACUCCCAUCACCUUAACUGCCAUUCUUCUUUCUUUGGAUCUUCUCCCACCCUCCAUUUUAUCCCAUCUGCCUUCUAAUUUCCUGCAUUUUCAAACUUAAAUUACAAAAAAGGCCAUGGAGUCCUGUUGAACAACAAACUAUUUAGUGCUUAUAGACAGCUCUCCUUAAUGAGCUGUUCGAUUUUAAUGAUUUGUUACUUUUUGUUUGCUGAAAUUGCCAGGAGAUGAAAGGUUCCUUUGAGGGAUCACCCAGAAGUCCCUUCUGCCCAAGAGACCAUACCUUGAAAAUCAGCGUAUAUUUUUGCAGCUCUCCUUGGUGUUGUGUGCAAAUUUAUUCCCUGUGCGUACCAAGGGACAAGCACCUCAUUGCCUCUACCCAGGAAAGGCUCUGCACAUCAGCUUUCCUUUGAAGACACCCGCACUUAAUAUCUGAACAUCAGGGACACACGCAGAGAUGUGGCUCUGCAGCACCAUUCCACAUUUGGUGCCUCAUUGCGCGAUGCAUGCAAGAUUCCCGAGAUCCAUGAGCAUCCAUGUGGCAGCAAGGGCAUCUUCCUCCAAAAAAUCAUAACCCCCUUCGUUAAGAAAAAGAGCAAGUUUUUAGCAUGCGUUGUGAGACACUAACCUGCUCCCACCUUCUGGGUUUUCAGCGUUCUAUUUCCAAGUUGUUCAUAAACUAAGCUGUUCUAAAACCAAGGUACUACUGUAUUGCUUAGUUCUUAAGAAUGGAGUACUAAAUCAGUGGAAAUGUGUCAUAGUUUUUUUGUUACUACUAAUGUAUUUUAUAUUUCACUCUGGCCCUCCUGAUGAUUGAAAGGCAAAUUUUUAUAUUCAAAAUGUUUUCACAGGGACAAUGAAAUGUGGUACUUCAAAGGAAAAGAUAAGGACCUGAGGAGAUGGAGGAGUGGUUCUUGGCUGUGUCCCACCCAGCGUGAUCCCUUGUAGGCUGUUGAGAAGAGCAUGAACACUGGUACACUCAGUUCUGUGGAUUGCAGGUGUGAGGCCUGUUGAUCACAGGAUUCCGAACAUGGUAUCGCUUUAGAUUUAGAAAUGCUUUAAGGGAAUUUGGGGAAAGGGAACCUAAUUCCUCUACUGAUGCUCCAGAUGAAAAUACCCCAUUAAAAGUGGUGCCACUCCUCUCUCUCCUGCCCUGCAUUUUACAAAGUUGGUUUCCUUUAGAUGUUCAGUUAACGUGUGCAUGUCACCAAUGCAUCAGAUGCUGGGCUUGACAAAGCCAAAUAGUUGUAGAACUGGAGGAUUUAGGCAAAGGGUCAUCUAGUCAAACCCCCUGCAAUGCAGGAACCACAGCUAAAGAAUCCCAGACAUUGUCCUCACAAGGGAGCUAUUGGGAUGAGAAUUCAAGUUCUGGGUUAAAAAACUGAAUAGAUGACAACCCAGCAGAUUUUGGUCAGCCACCUCCAAACGUGCACAAGGUGAAGAAAGAUGUUUUUGUUAUUGUUGGGGGUAUUAGCAUUGAAAUAUAUAUAUAUUUCAGGGGCUCUUGAGUGUGUUUAGCUCCUUUAAAAAAGAACAAGCAUAGGCCAAAAGGGCUAGUUUAUUAACCCUCAUUUAGAAAGCUGUUUCAGUCCUUUACUACCACAUUUUCCAAAUUCCACCCUGAAUAAGGCAUUUGUUCAUUUAGUACAGGGUUUCCCAAACAUGGGUCGCCAGUUGUUUUUGGUCUACAAUUAUCAUCAUAUCCGACGGCUGAUUCUGCUAGCUAGGGAUGAUGGGAGUUGAAGUCCAAGAGCAACUGGAGACCCAAGUUUGGGAAACACUGCCCCCCCCCCAUAUUCCCAGGGGAGGCAAUUCCAACUGAUCGAUUGCAGGGUAUGAUCCUGAUCGAUCACCCAAAAAGGAAAAAAGAGAAAAAAGCUCAACAACUUUGGUUAAUCCAAUGGGUAGAUCGCUGCCAGUUUUUUAAUAGUUGGAGUACAUCGCAGUCUCUUGGGAGUUGGACAUGCCUGCUCUAGGGAUUGCAGAAAAAUAGGUUCCUGUCCCAGUCCUAGGAAGCUGGUGAAGGAAACCAUAUCUUUCUUUCUUUCUUUUUACCCUGCAGCAGCAGAACAGCAUGAAGGAAAACUCGUCUGUGGAGAGCGAAAGGACAGAUCUUGACUCUUCCUCGGUUAAACAGGCAGGUUCCGCACAUUGUCUCAGCAAAUUAUAUUCGCAGCAGCCACUCCUCCAAGGUUCCAGGUGCCUGUAGUGAUCUGAAGGACAUCCUCAAGUCUUACCAUCACUGGCCGCAAUCUUCUGCGUUCUCAGGAAGCUUCAGAGGCACAGGCCCAAUCUUGUUUUCCUGUAAUUAUGAUAAUCAUUUACCACACCUUCAAGAAAUUGGUUUUAGGCUGAGGUCUUGACUCUCCUCUUUGAAGAUGAGUGUGAUUAGGAUUUUUUUAUAUGUAUAAAAAAACUUGAGUAAAUUAAUUACAAAAGAAAACAAUUCCUCACUAAUGAACAUGGAGUGCAGUUCCUAAAUUGAGUAGUGUUAGACCAGUUACUUAGACACCACCUCUAUUGAGGGACCAUGUGCAGGAAAAAUAAAAUUUGUACUGUAAUUCUUGUUGCAUCAAUUAGGGUUAGAGUAGCAACUUACUUUCAAUGGACAACAGUACUCCUUAAUUUCAGGACAAUUUAGGCUUUAGACUUAUGAUGACACUGUUGAAAACAUGUUUCUUGCCAUUGUCUUCAAAGUAUACUGCAGCUUCCUUAAAUAGGGAUGUGGAUUCUGUGAGCUUCCAAGUGAUGUUGGACUAAAACUCCCACUCGCCAUUCUCCCUGGGGCUGAUGGGAGUUGGAGUCCAACAACAUCUGGAAGACUAAAGGUCCCUCGUCACUCAAUUAGGAAACACACCAAGAAGCCUGACAAUCAACAUUAUCUUUUAACAUAGUGUUACCACCCCAAGGAGAGCAUAAUGAUCUAAAUAUUUUACAAAUUGUGUAGAGGUGUUCUCAGGUUGUUCCUCAAUGGGAUCCAAACUACUAUUUCUAGAUUCCUGAAUUUUCAAUAUGGAAUGUGUAGUUAGCUUCCUUGUCUAUGGAGCAGCAGAGAAGUCUUUAUUUCAGAUCAAUUAUAAGUAACCUCUGCAAAAAUUUAUAAUAAUUAUAAAUUUAUAUGAGUUUACAAUGUAUAUAAAUUUAUAAUUUUUAUAAAACAGCUGCAGUACAAUGGUGUGAUCAAUAGCUUUACACAUACAGCUGAAGGACAACAGUUGUCUUAACAAGGAAGGAAGUAUAUUCUUAAGGGUAAAAGUUACAAAGUUUACUUUUAGCCCCAAUUUAAAGUGUGGAGAGCACCCACUUUUCAUUAUUAUGUUGAAAUGUUUUCACGACCUAUAAAAGUGCUUCCAAAUCAAAGGGUUUGGGCAAUGAGGAAAUCAACAGUGAAAGCACCAAGUUGAACUGAAAAAGCAUGCAGCAGCAGAGCUGAACAGACUGUGCCCCAAAACACUGGCCCCUAAACCACCGCCAUCCUAAGCCUCGUCCUCCUCGCCUUCCUCUUCAAACUCUCCUUGCUCGUCCGCUGUGGCGUCUUGAUAUUGCUGGUAUUCGGAGACCAGGUCGUUCAUGUUGCUCUCGGCCUCCGUGAACUCCAUCUCAUCCAUGCCCUCUCCAGUGUACCAGUGCAGGAAGGCCUUUCGGCGGAACAUGGCCGUGAACUGCUCAGAGAUCCUCUUGAACAGCUCCUGGAUGGCCGUGCUGUUGCCAAUGAAGGUGGCGGACAUCUUGAGGCCUCGCGGAGGGAUGUCGCACACGGCCGUCUUCACGUUGUUGGGGAUCCACUCGACAAAGUAGCUGCUGUUCUUGUUCUGGACGUUGAGCAUCUGCUCGUCCACUUCCUUCAUGGACAUUCUGCCCCGGAAAAUGGCCGCCACCGUCAGGUAGCGCCCGUGGCGCGGGUCACAGGCCGCCAUCAUGUUCUUGGAAUCAAACAAUUGCUGGGUCAGCUCUGGCACCGACACAGCCCGGUACUGCUGGCUUCCGCGGCUCGUGAGGGGAGCAAAACCGGGCAUGAAGAAGUGCAGGCGAGGGAAUGGCACCAUGUUGACCGCCAGCUUGCGGAGGUCGGCAUUCAGUUGGCCAGGGAACCGCAGGCAGGUGGUGACGCCGCUCAUGGUGGCCGAAACCAAGUGGUUGAGGUCCCCGUACGUCGGAGUCGUGAGCUUGAGAGUGCGGAAGCAGAUAUCGUACAAGGCCUCAUUGUCAAUACAGUAGGUUUCAUCUGUGUUCUCCACCAGCUGGUGGACGGACAGCGUGGCAUUGUAGGGCUCCACCACCGUGUCUGACACUUUAGGGGACGGCAUCACGCUGAAUGUGUUCAU